UUUUUGUGGUCCCAUAAAUCAAACCUCAUGUAUUGUAUCCAUCUUGUAGACAUGUGGCCCUUUGUCUAUCAUCACAAUAUCAUUAAUUGACUCUUUUAACAUAUAACAAAGUUGGUGCUACAUCAUUCAUCCCCUUUACUAGCUUCCAGGCCUGUUGAGAAAAUGCUAAGUAUGUCUCUGUAACAGCAGCUGUGGCUCCCAUGCAUGUUGUUUGGAAUCUGACUGCAGCGUGGAGUCACUGUCAGUCCUAAAAAUAACUGAACUACAAGCAGCCCGUCGUCCAAAUGACUUGGCAAAAACCUUUCGCCAUGCUGCCCACUCCAUGUUGAUCUAACCAGCUGCUCGGCUGCGAAUCGCUUUUUUACUGGAAGGAUGAACCAUUAUUUCCAUUCUCUGCUUCUGUGGUAAGCUGUUAACUCAGUUUUCAUCGAGAGACAAUUUAACCUCCAUUCUGAAGUGAAGUUGACCAUGGUGCGGAACGUAGAUGACCUGGACUUCUGCCUAUCAUCCCACCCUCAGAGCAUCCUGGAGGGCUUGCGCUCCCUCUGCUCUCAACCCAAACUGGUCGAUGUAACGCUGAGCGCAGGUGGUCGGGACUUCCCCUGUCACCGUGGCGUUUUGGCCCUCUGCAGCACAUACUUCCGCUGCAUGUUCUCAGGGGACUUUGUGGAGAGCAUAGCUGCGCGUGUGGAGCUUCAUGAUGUGGAUCCUGAUAUACUCAGCUGCUUGUUGGACUUUGCCUACACAGGCAAACUGACCAUCAACCAGAGCAAUGUGGAAGGGUUGAUCUGCACCUCCAGCCAGCUGCAGUUCCAGACAGUGAGAGCCGUGUGCAGCCGAUACCUCCAGCACCAGAUUGAUGCAACCAACUGCCUGGGAAUCCUUGAGUUUGGGGCCAUUCAUGGCUGCCCUGAGGUGAUGGCCAAAGCGUGGGCCUUCCUCUUGGAGAACUUUGAGGCUGUACAACAAGGUGAGGAGUUUCUACUCCUGGGAAAGGACAGGCUGAUUGCCUGCCUCUCCGAUGAAGGACUACAAAUCCGGUCAGAGUGCACCCGUGUGGACGCCAUCCUGAAAUGGAUCAGGCACCACAAGGAGUCUCGACUCUGCUACUUUCCAGAACUCCUCACCUUGUCUCGUCUCUCUCUGCUCAGCCUGGAAUACCUGGCUGACACCCUGCUGAAGGACAGUCUGGUGCAGGCCUCUCCCAGCUGCAAAGAAGCUGUGGAAAAAAUUCACAGAGAGAAAAUGGAUUUGGCACCAGAAUACAGGGACAGACUCAACUCUCAGAGUCCACAACCAAACCUGCAAGAGGUGCUGUUCGUAAUGGGAGGUCGUUCAUUGGAUGACUCGGAUGAUGAAGAUGACUCAGACGAAGAUGAGGACAGAGACCCAAGACUGCAAAGACUGCUACGCAGGAACUGUGCCUUCUACAACACAAAGACAAAACAGUGGCAUGAGCUUCCAAACUUCCCCAAUCCUAACAAGUGGGGUUACUCCAUGGUGUCCUUGAACAAUGAUGUCUAUGUCACAGGGGGCUCGCGAGGUUCGAAUACCAACACCUGGUCGACCACAGAGACCUGGAAGUACAUCACACGAGAAGGGAGGUGGGUUACUGUGGCACCCAUGCUCCGGCCUCGGACUAACCACACGUCUGCAACGCUCAACGGGGAGAUUUACGUCAUUGGAGGCACAACAGCAGAUCGUGUUGAAGUCGAGCAUUAUGACCCUUACAAUGACACCUGGGCCUUGACGUGCCCUGCCUUAAAAUAUGUGACUAACUUCACUGCCACAGCGUGCCAUGGGAAGCUCUAUGUGAUUGGCUCAUGUGCUGUGAAGUACAAUGCUUUGACCAUGCAGUGCUACAAUCCUGUUAUAGAUAGCUGGAACAGCAUAUGUUCUCCGUUCAUCCCUAAGUAUUUGUCCUCUCCUUGUUCCGUCUGUGUGGAUGGAACAAUAUAUCUUGUUGCUGACAACACUAAGAAAGUCUAUGCUUAUGAUCCAGAUGCAAACAUGUGGCAGAAGGUCCAGCUACUCCACAUGCUCCACGAGAAUGGUGGCCUGGUAGCUCUGGAUGGCAAACUGUUUGUCACUGGAGGCCAUUGGAAAGGCAUGGAGGGAGAUUACGGGGUGGAAGUGGAGGUUUAUAAUCGAGCAUCCAAUACCUGGGAAGUCGAGUGCUUCCUGCCGAGACUUUGGUUCUACAGCGGAGUCUGCACAAUCUUCCUAGAUCCAUCCCAAUGGCCUGAGGUUUUCCCCAUAGAUUCAACUUAAAGGGCUUGGACUCAUAAAGUUCACAGACACAUGCUCUUAUCAUCUUACAAUGCAAAUGGCUUGUUUAUCUCAGGAUGUCAUUGUGGCCUAGAAUAGUGUGUUACAUGAUACUCAGGUAUUCUUGGUUGGUCUUCGGGCUUUGUUUGGCUGCUCAGCAGGUGUGUAUUUAUACUUUGUAUCAUGUGUUUGGGAUCUGACUUCCUUUCUAUGUUACUGAAGGGUGUGAAUCGUUAUAAUUCUUCUUAUUAUUGUUGUUGUUGUUGGUUGUUCAUCAUGGUGUGUGAAAAUGCUUAAUAAAAUGCGUUCCUGCUCCACCAGA